CUCAACAUGAACCAGGGCGGCCAUGACAGCUGACGCAUUGUAAACAAGACGCUGAAGAAGAUGGCAGAGAGUAAGAGCGGCGGAGACGACGCCCCGGAGAAGUCAGCAGCCACGGAGACCACCAACAACGCAGACACGACCGACACGGAGAGAGAAUGGGCGCAGCUGGCACAGUCAGAGUUCACCAAAGGCAACUAUGCCACGGCUCUCACCCUCCUGAACCAGCUGUUGGCCUCUAGACCUAAGGAUGCCAAGGUGUUAAUGAACAAGGCCGUGGUUGACUACUACAAAAGCGACUUGAAAAAAACGGAUUCAUUUCGCAAACAAUUGAUUGAUAUUUGUUCACAGUGCGGGAUCAAGAUGGAUGAGGUGAACUCGACGGAUGAGGUGGAUAGAAGCGUCAUCCACCUGAACCACUGUAUUGUGCUGUACCACCUACACCAGUACAGGGCAGCGCUGUCACUACUGGAGAAGAUGUACACUAGUCUGGAAUCAUUAGAGGAGAGCGAUAAUAUUAUUCUGAUCCCCAGAGAAAAUAUGUGCAGCGCCACUCAGGAACAGCUGAGAGGGAAGCUUCAGCAGUUGAGGGUCCGAGCCAUGUUGAUGAUGAGGGCCCUCAGAGUGGCCAAGAAGGAACUCAAGAAUAUCGUCACUCAUGCCGUCACUGCCGGCAACUCUCUGAACGUCACUUUAAUCAGCCUUAAGAGCCAGCUGGAAUAUCUUCGAGGGAACUUCCGUAAAGCGAUCAAAGUGCUGAACCAAUGUGCUGCCAUACCUCCACCAAGCCCAACCUAUGGCCCUAGUUUAGGUGUUAUGUACUACAAUAACCUGGGGUCAUACACUUAGGGUGGUAAGCCUACAGUGGCCUGCCUCUACCUGCAGAAGGCCCUGCAGGAGACACAGGAACUGGACGACCCUACUGCUGCCACCCAGUCAGGUGAUCUACUAUCAACACGACCACUGUACCAACUCAGCAGCAAUAUACAGCCAGAGUUGUACUAUAACCUUGGGGUAACUCUCCUGCACAUGAGCAAACCAGACAAGGCCUUUGAUUUUCUCCUGGAGGUUCUUCAAGUCCACAGCAUGAACCCUCGUCUGUGGCUGAGGCUGUCUGAGUGCUGUAUUGCUGUUCAUAAAUCUGGUGUGAAGGAAGGCGUGGGCAGCAAGAGGUCCAUCGUCCAGGGAACUGUAGGAGUCAGCGUCCAUAGAAAGAUCUGCAUCGCUACACGGAUCACCGACCACAACAAGAAACACUCACGUGCCUUAUGCCACUGUGGCUCGUGGAACACAAAUAUAUCUGUAAUUCCUAAACUUUGGUCCAAUUACUUAUUAUUAUUGUUAGGGAGAGCAGCGACCAGUGACCCUCCUCUUAACAAGCUGCUGAGUCUUACCUGGACACAACAGAGAACAGAAUACAGCUCCUCCCGACUUCGACGCCCGGACUUACGACGCCCGGACUUACGACGCGGACUUCCCGGCCCGGACUACGACGCCGGACUACGACCGCCGGACUACGACCGCCGGACUACGACCGCCGGACUACGCCCGGACUUGACACCGGACUUACGACCGCCCGGACUUCGACGCCGGACUACGACCGCCGGACUUGACCGCCCGGACUUCAACCCGCCUGGACUUACGACCGCCGGACUUCUGACCGCCCGGACUUCGACCACCCACACCACGACGCCCGACUUACGACCCGCCUAUCAUGCCAAAAUUUUGUCCAAAUUACGUGUGACCCACACUCCCAGUCUGACGCAGCCUUCCCUGAACCCAUGGGAGUUCGCUCGCUUGUGUUUACGUAACGCUCUGGCCCUACUGCCUGAGAACGUCUCCACCACCUCACUCACCGACGAACAAGAGACCUCAGGUGUGAUGCCGGAGAUGUACUCGGCUGGUCCAUCAUCGCCACUACGAGGGACGGAGGUUGUUAGUCUCAGGGUCUCAGCCCUGGCCUGUAGCGCUUAUGUCAGCUUGUGUCUCUUUGACUACGCCACGGCUCUCAGACCCCAGAGACCCUACUGGCCGCUCACCCCAAGAUUCCUGGUGUUUACAAACAUAGUGUUACUAGGGCAUCUGUACGCCGGUGAGGCCCUCAUAUGCCUGGGCAAGGGGGAAGCCAUCGCUCAUCUUGACCCUCGACAGGUGGGGGAUCUAAGCCUCUGCCCUCCCACACAAGAUGCCUCUCAAACUACCUCGUUUAACCUCCCUAGCCAAGGAUGGUACCCAGGCAAUACAACAACAGCUAUGCAGGUAAUGCGAUACAACCUGAGUGUUGCUUAUACCCUGAGGGGGGAGCUGGAGAAGGCUAAUAAUCUACUGAAGGAGGUGUGGACUGAGAGCAAUGGGAGCAUGCCAGCACAGGUGAUCAUGUUGGCUAUGUAUAUUCAGCUCGUGGUGGUGUAUUAUGGUCCAUGCUUCUCGCCCUCGACUCUUCAGGCUUCUCGCCUCGACUCUUCAAGCUUCUCGCCCUUGACUCUUCAGGCCUUCUAUGCCCUGGGCGCCCUGGACUCUUCAGGCCUUCUCGCCCUUGACUCUUCAGGCUUCUAUGCCCUCGACCCUUCGAUCUCGCCCUUGACUCUUCAGGCCUUCUCGCCCGCCCGACUCUUCAGGCUUCGCCCUCGACCCUUCGACUUCGCCCGCCAACUCUUCAGGCUUCUCGCCCUUCCAGCUUCUACGCCCUCGAUCCUUCAGGCUUCUCGCCUCGAUCCUUCAGGCUUCUACGCCCUCGAUCCUUCAGGCUUCUACGCCCAAUAA